UCAGGGUGCCGAGGGCGGCGGACGCGGAACCGACAUGGGGAAGAUGGCGGCGGGCGGCGGCGGCGGCGGCUCGGGCCGAUAUUACGGCGGCGGUAGCGGCGGAGAAGGUGGAAGGGCUCCUAAGCGCCUGAAAACCGAUAGCGCGGAGCCGCCGCCUCACGGGCCCGGUGGGCCGGGGGGCGCGGGCGGCGGAGCCGGAGCGGGAGGAUCGGAGAAUUACGAGGACCCCCACAAAACGCCGGCGUCGCCCGUGGUUCACAUCCGCGGCCUCAUCGAUGGCAUCGUGGAGGCCGAUCUGGUGGAGGCGCUGCAGGAGUUCGGGCCCAUCAGUUAUGUGGUGGUGAUGCCAAAGAAGCGUCAGGCGCUGGUGGAGUUUGAGGACAUCCUGGGCGCCUGCAACGCCGUCAACUACGCCGCCGACAACCAGAUCUACUUCGCCGGCCACCCGGCCUUCGUCAACUACUCCACCAGCCAGAAGAUCUCGCGGCCCGGCGACAGCGACGACGCGCGCGGCGUCAACAACGUGCUGCUCUUCACCAUCCUCAACCCCAUCUACUCCAUCACCACGGACGUGCUCUACACCAUCUGCAACCCCUGCGGGCCCGUGCAGAGGAUCGUCAUCUUCCGCAAGAACGGCGUCCAGGCCAUGGUGGAGUUCGACUCGGUGCAGAGCGCGCAGCGCGCCAAGGCCUCGCUCAACGGCGCCGACAUCUACUCGGGCUGCUGCACCCUCAAGAUCGAGUACGCCAAGCCCAGCCGCCUGAACGUGUUCAAGAACGACCAGGACACCUGGGACUACACCAACCCCAACCUGAGCGGGACAGGGGCCGCUCGGAGCAGCCGCGGCGCCCGAGGUCUCCCGAGGAGGGAGGAGCUCUCACCGGGGGUCUCGGGGGUCUCAGGCUCCCCCCGCUGCCCCCCAGGUGGUCCCCACGCCGGUUACCACCACGGCCACUACCACGACGAGGGCUACGGGCCCCCUCCCCCUCACUACGAGGGCCGGCGCAUGGGACCCCCCCCGGUGGGCGGGGGGCACCGCGGGGGUCCCGGCCGCUACGGCCCCCAGUACGGGCACCCCCCCCCGCCCCCGCCGCCGCCCCCCGACUACGGCCCCCACGCCGACUCGCCCGUGCUGAUGGUGUACGGGCUGGACCAGGCCAAGAUGAACUGCGACCGCGUCUUCAACGUCUUCUGCCUCUACGGGAACGUCGAGAAGGUGAAGUUCAUGAAGAGCAAGCCGGGCGCGGCCAUGGUGGAGAUGGCCGAUGGUUACGCGGUGGACAGAGCCAUCACCCACCUCAACAACAACUUCAUGUUCGGCCAGAAGCUCAAUGUCUGCGUCUCCAAGCAGCACGCCAUCAUGCCGGGACAGUCGUACGGGCUGGAGGACGGUUCCUGCAGCUACAAGGAUUUCAGCGGCUCCCGCAACAAUCGCUUCUCCACGCCCGAACAGGCGGCCAAGAACCGCAUCCAACACCCCAGCAACGUCCUGCACUUCUUCAACGCCCCCCUGGACGUCACCGAGGAGAACUUCUACGAGGUGGGGCUGCGUCCCCCCGUGUCCCCCCGUGUCCCCCCAGGCGAGCGCAGCUCCUCGGGGCUGCUGGAGUGGGACUCCAAGAGCGACGCCCUGGAGACCCUCGGCUUCCUCAACCACUUCCAGAUGAAGAACCCCAACGGGCCCUACCCCUACACGCUCAAGCUCUGCUUCUCCACGGCGCAGCACGCGUCCUAACCGCCCCCGGGACCCCCUGGAUCAUCCCGGGACCUCCUGGG